AUGUCGAUACUAUUAAAGGCCCAUUUGACAAGGAACGUCAGUCGACAUAUACCAGCCACCCUGUACGUGGGCACUAGCUCUAGAUACUAUGCAACACAACAACAACAGCAACAGCAACAGCGUAAAUUGCCCUUGGAUUUCAGCGCUAUAGAGACCAAAUGGCAGACUCGUUGGAAGGAGAAUGCCAAAACACCCAAGCCUGUAGAUACAAGUAAACCCAAUUACUACACAUUAUCCAUGUUUCCUUAUCCUAGUGGCAUGCUUCAUAUGGGCCAUGUCCGCGUGUACGCUAUCAGCGAUACCAUUCAGCGAUUUCGUAAAAUGUAUGGCUACAAUGUACUUCAUCCUAUGGGUUGGGAUGCCUUUGGGCUGCCAGCCGAGAACGCAGCUAUUGAACGAGGCAUUCACCCAUCCGAGUGGACUACCAAGAACAUUGCCAUCAUGAAGGAGCAAAUGUCAAAAUUGUGCAUUGAUUUUGAUUGGUCAAAGGAACUGGCUACCUGUGAUCCAGAGUAUUAUCGAUGGACACAGUACAUCUUUUUGGAAUUAUACAAUGCGGGAUUAGCCUAUCAAAAGGAAGCAGUGGUGAAUUGGGAUCCAGUGGAUAAGACAGUGUUGGCCAAUGAGCAAGUGGAUCCAGAAGGGAAAUCAUGGCGCUCAGGUGCAUUGGUGGAGAGAAAGAAGCUCAAGCAGUGGUUUUUCAAAGUAACCGAGUUUGCCGAUGAUUUGUUAAAGGACAUUGACAGACUGGAGAACUGGCCAGACAGAGUUAAGCAAAUGCAGCGCAACUGGAUUGGCAAAUCAACAGGGGCAGAAUUUGAAUUCAACAUUAACUCUGUUGAAUCAAGAGAGCCCAUCAAGGUGUUUACCAGCAGACCCGAUACCAUCUACGGCGUGCAGUACUUGGUGCUAGGACCAGAGCAUCCGCUGGUCAGCAAGGCGAUAUUGCCCAAGGAACAAGCUGAUUCAGUUUUAGGAUUUGUAGAGGAUUUAAAGAAGAAACAAAACAUGGAUGAAGCAGAAGAAAACAAGAAGGGCGUGUUUACUGGUUUGUAUGCCAAGAACCCAUUCACCAAGGAAGAUAUCCCAGUCUAUGUAGCACCCUACGUGCUCUCUGAUUACGGCACAGGCGCUGUGAUGGGUGUUCCUGCUCAUGACAAGCGAGAUUUCGAGUUCUGUAAGGUGAACCAUGUCGUAGAUCAAGUGCGAUUUGUUGUAGAGCCUGCCAUCAAGGAGGUGGAUCAGCCCUUGGACUACAGUUCGCCGUACACAGCUCAGGGCAUCUUGACAGAGGCAUCAGGGCCUUAUAGAGGCAUGAAAUCAGGCGCUGCUGGAAAAGCUAUUUUGAAAGAGGCUCAAAGGAUGGGUGUAGGGCAUCCUGCCACACAGUUUCGAUUAAAGGAUUGGCUCUUGUCAAGACAGAGAUAUUGGGGUGCCCCUAUUCCUGUAAUUCAUUGUCCAACAUGUAAGGUGGUGCCUGUGCCUAAAGAAGACUUACCUGUGCAUCUUCCACUGGAUGUUGAGUUUUCUGGUAAGGGUCAAUCGCCCCUUGCUGGCCGAGAAGAUUGGGUGAAUUGCCAGUGCCCCCAAUGUCAAGGUCCAGCCAAGCGAGAAACCGAUACCAUGGAUACCUUUGUUGAUUCAUCGUGGUACUUUAUGCGAUUCACAGACCCUCACAACAAGACACUGCCAUUUGACCCUGUCAAAGCAUCUGCCUUGUUGCCGGUGGAUAUCUACAUUGGUGGCGUAGAGCACGCUAUAUUGCACUUGCUGUAUUCCCGUUUUAUCACCAAAGCCCUAUUGAAGCAAGGUGCUUUCAACGAGACUCCUGAAAAGAAGCCAGGUCACGGUGAGCCAUUCAAUGUGCUGCUUACACAGGGUAUGGUGCAUGGCCGCACAUUCAAGGAUCCAAAGACCCAACGCUUUUUGAAGCCAGAGGAAGUGGACGCAUCUGACUAUGCAAAUCCCAAGAUGAUCAGCACAGGAGAGGCACCUUUGAUUUCGUUUGAAAAGAUGUCUAAGAGCAAGUACAAUGGUGUGGACCCAGUGCAUGUUGUUAGCGAGUGCGGUGUGGAUGCGACUCGACUCCACAUCUUGUACAAGGCACCACCAUCUGAAGUACUAGAGUGGGAGGAUUCCAGUAUUAUUGGCAUGCAGAGAUGGUUGGCUAAGGUCUUGAAAAUGUCGCAAUCGUUGCCUGCUGAGUCUGGCCAGCCACUGCCCGCCAUGAAUGAUAUGACCAAAGACGAGAGAGAAAUGUACAGAAUCACAAAUCAGACCAUCAAGCAAGUGACCGAUACUUUGACAUCCAACUACUCGUUCAACACAGCCAUCUCUGAUCUCAUCAAGCUGUCAAACCAUGUUUCUUCUUCUGCUACCACUGUGGAACCUACAUCCCCCGUGUACCAACAUGCAGUGCAAUCCAUCGUCAAGAUGAUGGCACCCAUGACACCUGCUAUGAGUGAAGAAUGCUGGGAAGCAGCCAAUCACAACACCCCCUCUGCCAGCGUGUUUGAUGAAGCAUGGCCCACAUUUGACGCAGCAGCAUUAGAAAAGAGCGAACUGGAUUGCAUUAUUCAAAUCAAUGGCAAGACACGAUCCAGCAUCACGAUACCAAAAGAACUGAUUGGUAACACGGCUGAAAUUGAGAGACGUGUGAGAGCGUCCGAUGCUGGCAAAAAAUGGAUCUCUGAUAAGCCUGUUCGAAAAUUGAUUGUAGCCAAGAAGGGUGAAUUGAUUAAUUUUGUGCUUUAG